GUUCUCGAAUCGAAUCGAAUGAUCGAUCCUCCUCGGUCGGGAGAGAUCGAGGCGUCAGGGCAGGGGAGAAAAGGGUGGUUUGAACGGGCGACGACGUAACGCGACGAAGAGGUGUCGUCGUGGCACGUGGCGAUCGAUCGAUCGAUCGAUCGGGCGAAGGUGGAGGGGGAGGACGAAGGGAGAGGCGACCGGAGGAGGAGGAGGAGGAGGAAGGAAGGUAAUUCGGGGAAGGUUUGACGAUCUCGCCCCGUUCCUCGGCGAAGGGCAGCGCCGCCGGGUUGUUGGCCGUGGCGAGAGGAUGGGGGGGACGAGGUGGCGGUGGUGGUGGCGGCGGUGGUCGCCGGUGAUGUUGCUGCUGUGCGCCGCUGUGUCGCUGGCCGCUUGCCAAUUCGAUGCAACUUGGAACAGCGGCGCUCCCGCUCUCGACGAUGAUUACGACGAGAUUAGGAGAGGAUACGUGGCCGAUUACGGGAUCGAGGAGGCCGUCCUCGGGAAUGGACACCACCGCAAAAGGGACGAUCCCCGGGACCCGUUCUACGAGAGAAUCGGUUCCUACAGACGCAACAGGGCGAUUGAUUCCAGGUCGACGGAAGCGAACACGAAAUUGGCGGAGGAAGGCGGGCAACAAUCGAGGCUGUCCAAAUCGAGCGCGAAGUCGAGCGACUUGUCGGGCCGUGACAAGGUGACAAGGAAGUACAAAAAUGUGACGAUCGGCGAUGGGAUCUGUCAGAGUAUAGACAUAAGGAACGCCGCGUCCGCGUUUGGAAUUAUGAAGGACUGCCGCGUGAUAGAGGGCUUCCUCCAGAUCGUCCUUCUCGAGAACAGCUCGGAGAGGGAUUUUCAACCGAUCAGUUUCCCUCUGCUCAGAGAGAUCACCGGAUAUCUCCUACUCUAUCGCGUGAACGGAUUGAAAACUUUGAGCAAUCUUUUCCCCAACCUCGAGGUGAUCAGGGGAAACAUUUUGCUCACCGAUUACGCGUUCAUGGUUUACGAGAUGCAGAAUCUUCAAGAGAUCGGGCUGAAGAAACUUACCGAGAUCUCGAGGGGCAGCGUCCGGAUCGAGAAAAAUCCCGCCCUCUGCUACACCACCACCCUUAACUGGGACCUCAUCGUCUCCGCGGGGGAGAACGUGAUCAAGGACAACGGAGAGGAGGCCUCUUGCCCCGGAUGUUCCCACUGUCCUGCCGGUUAUUGUUGGACUUCCCAGUAUUGUCAGAGGAUGGAAAAACCGAGAUGUCACGAGCAGUGUCUGGGCGAGUGUCACGGCCCCACCGAGAGCAAGUGUUACGUUUGCAAGCAUUAUCGCCACGAGGGGAAAUGCGUCGAGACGUGCCCCGCCCAUCUAUAUUCCUAUCUCUCGAGGCGGUGCGUCACGAAAGACGAAUGCGUAAAGAUGAAUCGUCUGAGGAGAGUGUACUACGUUCUGGAGGAUGGCCUGGCCUGGAGACCGUUCAAUGGAUCGUGCGUGACUCAUUGCCCCGACGGAUACGAGGACGCCCUCGACGAAAACAACAUGACCACGUGUCGCGCUUGCAUGAACAGUUGCCGGAAGGUGGGGCACGGAGCUUUGAUCCGUCACAUAUCCGACGCCCAAAGUUUCCGGGGUAUAACGGUGGUGAAGGGGGCGCUCGAGUUCCAGAUACGAAACGGUAACCCGAACAUAAUGAACGAGUUGAGCGAGGCGUUCGGCCGGAUCGAGGAGAUAACCGAGUACGUGAAGAUCACCCAUUCGUUCCCGAUCACCUCGCUGAGCUUCUUCAAGAGGUUGAGGGUGAUCAAGGGAGAGCAACUGGACAUAAACAACGCGAGCCUCUCCGUGCUCGACAAUCCGAAUCUGUCGAGCCUGUUCCCCCCCGAGCAGGAGAUCAGGAUCGAGAACGGCCGCCUGUUCUUCCAUUACAACCCUAAACUCUGCCUGUCCAAGAUCGUGCAGUUCAGCAAAAUGGUGAACAUCUCCAACUUCACCGACCUCGAGAUCCAACCCCAGUCGAACGGGGAGAAGGUCGCGUGCAACAUAGUGAACAUAAACAUAACGGUGAAGAAUCUCGGCCCCGAUUACGCGGAUCUGAUGUGGGACAGUUACAAGGCGCCCGAGGGGCAACAGUUGCUCAGCUAUCUGUUGAAUUACAUCGAGACCGAGAACGAGAACAUCACUUACGAGAUGAACGCCUGCGGCGGAAACAACACGUGGCAGAUACUCGACGUGGACAUACCGAGGUGGACGUCCCCCGUUUCCAAGCACAUCGCCAAUUUGAAACCGUACACGAUGUACGCCGUUUACGUGAAAACGUUCAACUCGAGGACCACGAAUUUCUUCGUGAACCCGAACGAGGUCGGCCAGUCGAGGAUCAUCUUCUUCAGGACAAAGAGCACCAUACCAUCCCCCCCGAUGAACGUGAUCUCGGGCCCGUACAGCGACACCGAGAUCCUCGUCAAGUGGGAGCCACCCUUGUUCCCAAACGGGCCCAUAGGAUACUACAUGCUCUCCGUCACCAUGAUCCGGGAGGACGAGGGCUUGAUCUCGUCCAGGGAUUACUGCAACGACACGUUGGAGAACGACCUCGACGCGGAGGAGAGGACGGUGGUCGUGCCCGAUGUCACGGUGAAGACGCCCGUCGCGAGCGGGGGCGGCGUCUCGUGUUGCUCCAAGAACCCUGGCCGGAGCGUGGUCACGUCCAAGAAAUUCGAGAUAUUCUGCCACGAGAACACCACCAUCAGCUACAUAUCCCCCGGUUGGAAGGAUUACUGCGUGUACAACAACUACAACGCGGUCGACAACCGGUUCUACGAGUUGGCCAACAACCUGUCCACCCCCAGGCCGGAGGACGACAAAGCGGACGCGUCCAGGUCGAGCAGCAGCAGCAACAACAAUAACAAUAAUAACGUGGUGGUGGUGGACAAGGACGCGGUCAUGUACAACGUGAGCGGGCAAAACAAUUCGUACGUGAUCAACGAUCUCCGCCAUUACUCCCGCUACAUAGUCACCAUAGCCGCGUGCGGCGUCAAGGUGGACGAGUCGAACAUGUGCUCGUCGAUCCAGUACACGCACGCGAGGACGAGGAAGCGUGGCCGCGCCGACGACGUGGGCAACGUGAGGGUGAGGGUGACCAACAACACUAUAGUGGAGGUGUUCUGGGACCUGGUCAAAGAUCCCAACGCCCUCACCGUGUCCUACACCAUCGAGUACACGAACCUGGACGUGAAGGACGCGAAGAAGAGCACCGAGUGCAUCCCAAGGACGAGCCAGCCCCGUAUAGACACGGGCAGUUACCUGAUCAAGAAUCUGAGCCCUGGCAAGUACAGCCUUCGAAUGAGGUCCACCUCGUUGGCCGGGGACGGCCGUUUCUCGGACGUGGUCCACUUCUCCAUAGACCUGACCGACUCGGCACCCGUCACGCUGGUCGCGUUGCUCGUGCUCUGCGUCCUGGCCAUGGCAUCGGUCGUGUUGUUCGUCGUGUGGAGGCAUCACCGGAAGAGGAAGAAUCAGGAGAGAUUGAUCGCGAGCGUGAACCCCGAUUACAUAGAGACGAAAUACGUGAUCGACGAGUGGGAGGUGCCCAGGGAGAGCGUGGAGAUCUCGAACGAGCUCGGGCUGGGGAAUUUCGGCAUGGUGUACAGGGCGUCCGACUCGGACGUGUGGUCGUUCGGCGUCGUGCUCUACGAGAUCCUCACCCUGGCCGAGAUCCCGUACCAGGGUUUCUCGAACGAGGAGGUGCUCAGCCACGUGUUGCACAAAGGGACGUUGAACGUGCCACGCGAUUGCCCCGAGANACGUACAAAAGGAUACUCAGGGCGGGGUGAAUCGUACGGAACGAGAGGGCCCGACGAGUUCGAUGGACGGGGAGAAGUGACAGGCAAGGAUGUUUUCUCUUUUUUCUCGUUUUUAUUAUUAUUAUUAUUAUUUUCUCUUUCCCUCCUAUCCCUCCCCCUCUCCCUGUUUUUUCUUGCCAAUGGGAAGAUAGAAACAAUGGCCAACAACUCGUGUUUCAUCGGUGUUCGUUGA